AUGUUGUGUUGGGAAAUGGGAUCGAGCGGAAGCAAACCCUCCUCCGGAGGCGCAUCGUCUUCUAGCGGCGGCGGUGGUUCCGCCGCCGCCGGUACUAGGCGGAAGUGUAGAAGUAAAGGGAGUAAGAGUUUCCAGUCCUAUUGUCUUGGCCGGGGGUCUGGCUCUCGGGACAGUAAUGGCAGCGUCGAUGAUCAUGUCUUUGAGCAAGGGAGUAAAGACGAUGAGAUUGAGGACUCAUCCGAUAAUCAAACAGAGGGGGAUCAAGUGAAGGUUGAAUGCUGUAGAAAGGUUAAGGUUCAAGACUCUGAUGAUGUACCUUGUCUAACUUCUAAUACUGAUAAUGAUGAAUGGAGUCAAGCCAGUGUCUCCAAUACUGCUUCGAGAACUGCUAGCAGUUCUGCCCGUGCUGUUUCUCCAAGUCGCUUCCUUUCUCGAUUUAGCUUUAUUCCUGGCAAUGUGAGCUUCAGACUCGGCAGAGCAACAAGUUUAGGUUCUUCAAGGGCUCUUCCUUCAUCAACUCUCAGAAUGUCGAAUGAUGACGAGGAGAUUUGUGCUCAUCCAGCAUCUGCUGAUGGGAGAAAUGAUGUAGAUGAAUCUCGGCAAGAUCCUAAUGUUCUGCCUGCUUCAUCAGUCUCGAGAACUUCAGCUAGAUUUAGGAUUAAUAAUCAACUGUCUGAUUCUUUGGACAGGCUGCAACCCGAUCAGGCGAUUUCUUCUGAUCAAUACAGUAUAGGAAAUGAAAGAAGCACCCACGUCUGGGUUGAUAGAGAUCUGGAUUCCUCAGGAGCUUUGAAUGAUUUGGAUGGUAUUGAGACCCGACUUGCUGAUAGGCGGACAGCAGCUAGAGAACCUGUUGAACGGAAUGUUCGAUUUAGCAGGACUUUAAGUGUUGGGAGACUUCGUGAUAGAGUUCUCAGACGAUCUGCUCUAUCUGAUAUGUCUUUUUGUCCUUUGCCACUUGAAAGAGAAGAGAGAGAUGGUGAUCGGGGUAAUAGGGCACAGCAUUUGGGUGGUAGGGCUAGAGCAGUGGGAUCUGAACUCGAUUUACCGGUCUAUCCAAAUGGUUCUGAUCAUCCUUCAUCUGGCAUGCCAAACUCCUUGUUUGGCAUUCAGGAUGUUGAAGUGCAAACUUCUCGAUCAAGGGAAGAUAGGUAUCAUGACUUACUUGAACAUAGGUCAAAUUUCCUCGAGCGAAGGAGACGAAUACGGUCUCAGGUCCGUGCUCUUCAGAGGUUAGGAAGUCGCUUUGAGAAUAUGUCUGGACAUGGGAGGUCUUGCAUUUUAUCUGGUCAACAUAGAACUGGUCGUUGUACAUGUCGUCUAAGUAAUCGUGAUGCCAAUUUAAAUGAUGAUACAAGUGCUAGAGCUAGCAUAUCAAGAAUUGUCAUGUUAGCUGAAGCUCUGUUUGAGGUUCUGGAUGAAAUUCACCAGCAAUCUGUGGUAUUAUCUUCUCGGCCUUCUGUAUCUUCCCUUGGAUCUGUCCCUGCCCCGAACGAAGUUGUGGAAUCUUUACCUGUCAAGUUAUACACCAAAUCACAAAAACAACAGAAUGAUGAGGCAGCACAGUGUUACAUAUGCCUUGUCGAGUACGAUGAAGGAGAGUGCAUGCGGGUACUGCCCUGUCAUCAUGAAUUUCAUAGAGCUUGCAUAGACAAGUGGCUGAAGGAGAUUCAUAGAGUAUGCCCACUUUGUCGUGGAGAUAUAUGCAGGCAGGCGUCCUGA